UCAGGAGAGAGACUGAUCCCGUUGCUCUGGGGCAGGCAGGGCCGGCAGUGUGUGCAGAGAACCAUGUCUGUUCGGGAGACGUUUAACCCCGAAAGUUACGAGCUGGACAAGAGCUUCCGCCUGACCCGAUUCACCGAGCUGAAGGGCACGGGCUGCAAGGUGCCCCAGGAUGUCCUACAGAAGCUGCUCGAGUCUCUGCAGGAAAACCAUUUCCAGGAGGAUGAACAGUUCCUGGGGGCAGUUAUGCCCAGGCUGGGAAUUGGCAUGGACACGUGUGUUAUUCCAUUAAGACACGGAGGUUUGUCUCUGGUCCAGACAACAGAUUAUAUUUAUCCUAUUGUGGAUGACCCUUAUAUGAUGGGCCGGAUAGCAUGUGCCAAUGUCCUAAGUGACCUUUAUGCCAUGGGGGUCACAGAGUGUGACAACAUGUUGAUGCUCCUUGGAAUCAGCAAUAAAAUGACAGAUAGGGAAAGAGACAAAGUGAUGCCUCUAAUUAUCCAGGGUUUCAAAGACGCAGCAGAAGAGGCAGGAACAUCUGUUACUGGUGGGCAAACAGUGUUGAAUCCCUGGAUUGUGUUAGGAGGAGUGGCCACGACAGUCUGUCAGCCCAACGAGUUCAUAAUGCCAGACAAUGCAGUGCCAGGAGAUGUGCUUGUAUUAACUAAACCCUUGGGAACACAAGUGGCUGUGGCUGUGCACCAGUGGCUAGAUAUUGUGAGUACACUGCCCGAAGAAAAUGGGGAGGAGGGGUGUGAGUUAAAGGUGACCUUCCUCAUGCCCUCAAAGGACAAAGUUCAGCUCAG